AUGGUCAGAACACGAGUGAGCUGUCCCAAGUUAGCCAGAGGCUAUGCCUCCCACACCCAAGUGCCAAUAAGUCGACUUGAACAACAUAAAAUAAACAUCUCCCAAUACGACCGCCCCCUCACAUACGCCGAAAAAGUCCUUUACAGCCAUCUUGACAUCACUUUUGACGAGCGCAUCGAGCGCGGCAAAACCCAACUCAAACUACGCCCGCAACGCAUAGCAUGCCAAGAUGCGACAGCCCAAAUGGCAUUUAUCCAGUUCAUGUCCGCGGGACUAGACACAGCGGCCGUACCAACCACAGUCCACUGCGAUCAUUUGAUCGUCAGUCGUGACGGCGAAACACAGGACCUCGCUCGAGCGCUGGACAACCAUAAAGAAGUGUACGAUUUCCUCGAGUCUGCCUGCCAGAAAUACAACAUGGGGUUCUGGAAGCCCGGCGCGGGAAUCAUUCACCAGAUUGUGCUGGAGAACUACGCCUUCCCUAGUGGAAUGAUGAUCGGGACGGACUCUCAUACUCCCAACGCAGGAGGCCUUGGCAUGAUAGCCAUCGGAGUUGGUGGUGCCGAUGCAGUAGACGUGAUGGCUGGAUUGCCGCUGGAACUCCAAGCGCCGCAGGUAUUGGGUGUCCGUUUGACGGGGCAGUUGUCCGGAUGGGCUUCGCCGAAGGAUAUUAUCAAUGCUGUAGCCGGGACGCUUUCCGUUAACGGAGGUACUGGAUCCAUUAUUGAGUACUUUGGACCUGGGGCGCAGACUCUGUCAGCCACAGGCAUGGCAACUGUUUGCAAUAUGGGUGCGGAGACGGGUGCCACAACGUCCAUCUUCCCUUAUGCGCCACAGAUGGCGGAUUAUCUUCGUGCGAAUCAUCGCCAUGAGAUGGCUGAUGCUGUUAAGAGCAUUGCACCGGAAUUGCAGGCCGAUGAGGGGGCUGAGUAUGAUAAUGUUAUUGAGCUCGAUUUGUCCACUCUCGAGCCACGGAUCAAUGGACCUUUCACGCCGGACUUUUCGACUCCGGUGUCGCGGUUCGGUGAAGCCGCGGCGGAGAACCAGUGGCCGGGUGAAUUGACGGCGGCUUUGAUUGGAUCUUGUACUAACUCUUCGUUUGAAGAUAUGGGACGUGCAGCUAGUCUUGCCCAGCAAGCAUUGGAUGCAGGACUGGAACCAAAGAUGCCGCUGUUGGUGUCUCCGGGUAGUGUUCAGACGCGCGAGACACUGAAAGAUGCCGGUAUUCUGCCGGUCUUCGAGAGACUCGGGGCGACGAUGCUUCCCAACGCCUGCGGUCCAUGCUGUGGGUCGUGGGAUCGAGUUGAUAUGCCAAAGGGCGCCCCCAACUCCAUAAUAACCUCCUACAACCGGAACUUCUCCGGCCGUCUAGAUUCCAACCCAGCAACCAACGUCUUCCUAGCAUCGCCCGAGCUCGUCAUUGCAAAGGCCUUCUCCCGCGACCUCUCCUUCAACCCAACAACUGACUCGCUCCCAACCCCAUCCGGCGAGCAAUUCCACUUCCUCCCUCCAACCAGCGAUUCCCUCCCCUCAAAGGGCUACCUCUCCUCCGACUCCGCCUACGCACCCCCACCGGCAAACCGGGAUAACAUCUCCGUCAAAAUCGACCCGUCAUCCCUCCGCCUCCAGAAAUUGUCCCCAUUCCCACCCUGGCCCGGCCACGACUUCAAAGACUGCGCCAUCCUAAUCAAAACAGCCGGGAAAUGCACAACGGACCACAUCACCCCCGCUGGCCCGUGGUUCCGCUAUAGAGGCCACCUAGAAAACAUCUCCAACAAUACCCUCAUCGGCGCAACCAACGCCGAGAACGGCAAGGUGAACAGUAUCCGGAACCAGCUCACGAAGCAAGAUGGACAGGAAGUGCCUGCUACAGCACGCCACUACAAAGAGAACAGCGUGCCGUGGGUGGUUAUCGCUGACCAUAACUACGGGGAGGGCAGUUCGCGGGAACAUGCGGCGCUGCAGCCGAGGUAUCUAGGUGGUGUGGCGAUUAUCGCGAAGUCAUUUGCAAGAAUCCAUGAGGCGAAUUUGAAGAAGCAGGGGUUGUUGGCACUGACUUUCGACAAUGAGAAGGAUUAUGAAAGGAUUAGGGCUGAGGAUCGGGUUAGUAUUUUGGGGCUUAGGGAGGGGGAGUUUGUUCCGGGGAGCACUUUGAGGUUGGUAGUUAAUGGGGGCGAGUGGGAGGCUGUGCUCAGGCAUAGUUUUACGGAGGAGCAGAUUGGGUAUUUUAGAAGUGGGAGUGCGUUGAAUGUUAUGGCGGGGAAGUAG